AGCCACUCAAGUAUGUAGCUGACCAAUGUUAUAAAGCAAUCGUUGAAUUUCAUCAGUGUUGAUUCAAUCAGCCACAAAAUUGGUCUCCAUUUCUCAGUACGAGAGAUACUAGUAGGAAAAUGACUACUACUUGCUGCAAGGGAUCCGCCCCAAAGUCUGUGACUGAGGAGGAGGUCAAACUCAAGGCCAGCGUUCGAAAAGCCUACGCAGAGGUGGCUGUGAAAAAUUCGGCCGGAGAAGCCGUGGGCAUUCAGUCCUCCUGUUGCGGAGCCCCCAAGGAAGUGGACGUCGACUACUGCAAAAAUUUGGGCUACACUGAAGAGGAUGUGAAAACCAUGGUUGAUGGGGCAAACAUGGGGCUGGGAUGUGGAAAUCCGACCGCUAUAGCUGCAUUGAAAGACGGCGAAGUUGUUCUGGACUUGGGAAGUGGAGGUGGCUUUGAUUGCUUCCUGGCAGCUAAAAAAGUUGGAAAAACUGGGAGAGUCAUUGGAGUAGAUAUGACACCGGAAAUGUUACACAAGGCUCGUCUAAAUGCUCAAAAAGGGGGAUAUACAAAUGUCAGCUUUCGUCUUGGAGAGAUUGAACAUCUUCCAGUGGCUGAUAACACAGUGGAUGUCAUCAUAUCUAACUGUGUCAUCAACUUGGCCACCGACAAAGCCCAGGUGAUCCGGGAGGCCGCACGAGUUUUGAGACAGGGUGGUCGUCUCGCAAUUUCCGACAUCGUGGCGACCAGUCCUUUGCCAGAGGAGAUCAAACGAGACCUGGAAUUGUAUAAUGGUUGCAUGGCUGGAGCCACCCCGGUCGGCGAGUUGAAGGAAAGUCUGGAAAAUGCUGGCUUCACCAACAUUUCAAUCCAAGUGAACGAAGCGAGCCGUCAGUUUAUCGAAAAAUGGUCUUACAAUGACAGUGGAGCACAAAAUUAUGUGGCUUCAGCCACAAUUGAGGCUGUCAAAACAUGAAACCAGUUAUUAUUUUCCUCUUUAUUGAUUAGUGUAUACAGGAAAAUUUUUAAUUUGGUAUUUUAAGGCUAAUAAAGAUGUCUCGUGUACAUACACUCUUGAUGUUGACAACUA